AGAAAAACACAGAACAAAACACCCAUUUUUAUAAUUCGCAAAUAGGGAGUGUAAUUUACUUGCAAGAAACACUGCAACUAUAUAUAUACAUAUUAAAAUCUGCUUUUGUGGAUUCGCUUGUUAAGAUUCACACUCGAUCCUCUGUAACUCCCAGGUCCUUCGAUCGAUAAGGGUUAAGGUCGAAGUUUUUGAUGAAUGGGGAUUCAGACCAUGAAUUCUCAUGGUUGUGGUCAACAGUCUCAUUUACAGCCGCUAGGCAGGCAAAACUCGUGGUUUAGCCUCACACUCGAUGAGGUGGAGAGCCUGUUGGGGAACUUGGGGAAGCCUCUCGGUAGCAUGAAUCUCGAUGAGUUGCUGACGAGCAUAUGGGCUACAGAGGCGAAUCAAUCUUCCGGGCCGGUGGUCAACAAUGCGUAUUCUACUUCGCUUCAACGCCAGGCUAGCUUCUCACUCACACAAGCGUUUAGUGGGAAGACGGUUGAUGAAGUGUGGAAAGAUAUCCAGCAAGGGCAGAAGAUGAGGAAUCUCGAGGAAAUGAACACCGAUGAGAGAGAACCAACUCUUGGAGAGACGACUUUGGAAGACUUCUUGGUAAAAGCUGGGCUUUUCGUUGUCGAUUCUUCUCAAGGCCCUGCAAUGACCCCACAGAACGUUACUCCACAACUAGGCCUAUCCCCGUCUCCUUCAAUCGAAGCACUUUCAGAUACUCCAACGUCGGGCUGGAAGAGGGAUGCUUCCGAGAUCGAUAGGACCGUUGAUAGAAGGUUAAGGAGAAAGAUCAAGAAUAGAGAGUCCGCUGCACGUUCACGAGCCAGAAAACAGGCCUACCACAAUGAACUGGUAAACAAGGUUUCACGUCUCGAAGAGGAAAACAUGAAGCUUAAGAAAGAGAAGGAAUUGGACAAGAUGUUAUCCGACGUAUCUUCUGAAACGAGAUAUCAGCUUCGAAGAACAAGCUCAUUCUGACACAUCGCUUUUUCCCGUGAAGGUCUGUAGUCUGUGAAUCCUAGGACGGUUCUUAUCAAAAAGCUGAUGGUAUAUAAGCUCGUUGGUUUCUCUCCAUAUGUAUACGGCUUUCAUGUAAACCUCGUGAAAAUGAACUCCUCCCUCUCACAACUGAGUAUUAUCCCGUUGUAAGUUUAUCUGAAAUCAUGCUCGAAAUGUUUUGGACUAUGAAAUGGAAGAACCUGUUGGGGAGUUUAGAAAUGGAAGCACGGGUGACGAACAAGGAUUAAUUAGUUGAAAACUGAGAAUAUUUAUGUCUCUCCAGCUCCUCCCUCAAGGCUAACAGUAGUAGUUUCCUGCACUGUGACUCAAUGGAAUGUGUGUUUCAGGAAAAGAAAUAAUCAUGUUAAUGUGGUAGUUUUGAAUACUGAGCUACUACAUGGUCUUAUAUAUAGUGUCAUAAUUUGUAAAUAUUAAUUUUAUUGUUAAUUUUCUAAUAAAAUGUUUACAUUACAGUU